AUUUGCCAUCCUUGGAAGAGAUUAUCCUCGGAGAGUAUGCUCUUCAAGGUCCGAAUAGUGAUGAAUGUUCGCUCGAGAUGUGCAAUCUCCCUGUAUUGAAAAGCUUGUCGUCUCCAGGCCACAGUUUUUGGAAUGUGAAGACCGCAUCUCUCAAAGAUCUUCCUCAUGAAUGUGAUAUUCAUCUUCCGGUUUCCUUCCGUCAUCGUUUGAAUAUCGAAUAUUCAAAUGUGGCCUUUCGACUUACUUAAUAUAUAAUCGGUAUUC